CCACACAGUGCAGUAGCCACUUUUCACCUCCGGAUCGAAGGCCAAACGAAGUCUGAUCGUGCUCAAAUUUUAGUAUGUUGUUCCUCACACACUCCUAUUCAUAUCCAACGGUCAGUUUCUCGUUUUGAUGCCCGGAAGGCUGUUUUCUGGCUGCGUUUUCAGACCUGCGUUUUUUGGGAGUUUUUACUCCAUUUUUGGUGAAUUGUUGAUUGUUGUUGUGCCAAGGUUGUUCCUUGAUGAUUGUGUGUGCCUCUAGUGUUUACUAGAGAGGAGAACUUGUUGUACCCACUUGUUUCUUGGUGAUUAGUGGAAGUUUGGGAGCCGUUGUUGAGCGGCCGUGGUUUUCUCCCCGAUUUGGGAUUUCCACGUAAAUCGUGUGUCAUCUACUUUAUUAUCGCUGCCAUUUAUUUGUGUGCGUGCUGCUGAUUUUUCAGAGUUCAUUGUGCUUGUUAUUCAUCUCAUUAAUUUGGGGAAAAGAUUUUAUUCGCUUCCGUUGUGUUUUGUUCCGUGCUUCCCCAACAAAGUGGUAUCAGAGCUUGAUUAUUUUUGGUUGGCUUCUUGUGUUGUUUAUGAUGGAUGACAAAGUAAUUGUUCAAGGAAUGGUUAGUUUGGACUCUACGAAUUAUUCAAUUUGGAAAAUUCGUAUUGAGGAUUAUUUAUGCUCUAAAGAUUUGCUUGACCCAAUUUUGAAAGAUUAUCUCCCCGACAUUUCAGGUAUGCCUUUAAACUCUUGUGUUGAUUGUUUGGCUGGAAAACAACAUAGAGUUGCAUUUCAUACUCGUCCCCCACAUAGAAGAAAGCAUGCCUUAGAUCUUGUUCAUACUGAUGUUUGCUCUAUGGAUGCUAGAUCACACCGUGGUGAUGUUCCUCAGAGAGUUUGGUCAGGGAAAGAGGUCUCCUAUAAGCAUUUGAGAGUCUUUGGUUGCAGAGCAUUUGUUCAUAUUCCUAGAGAUGAGAGAUCCAAGCUUGAUAAGAAGACCAAAGAGUGCAUAUUUUUGGGGUAUUCAGAGGAUGAGUUUGGGUACAGACUAUGGGAUCCACGUGAUAGGAAAGUGAUCAGAAGCAGAGAUGUGGUUUUCUAUGAAGAUCAGACUAUUGAAGAUUGUGAGAAGAAGCAGGCAAAUCCUUCUCCAUGCAUCACAGUCGAUCCAGCUCCAUCUCUUCCUCCUAUUGUAGUCCCUCAAGAUCAUGGGGGAGAUAUGCAUGAUCAUACAGUUGAGUCCCCUGCAGAUGACCAUCAUGAUGAUGAUAAUCAUGAUGAUGGUAGUGAUGGUGUUCCAGAGUCACAACCACACUCACACUCAGAGCCACCUCCAGCACCUCAGUUGAGAAGAUCCACCAGAGUCAGAAAACCUUCCACGAGACUUUCGGAGGAUGAUUUUGUGUUAGUUACAGAUGGAGGAGAGCCAGAGACAUAUGAUGAGGCUAUGUCACAUGAGAAGCUCGUGUUCUGCCGUGAGAAGGCUGGUUUGUUUGCUCACUCCAUGUAGGAGUGAGGGGGAGAUUUGUUGGGAAAUAUCCCUCCUACAUGGAGGAAGUGUCCAAUUUUAAUUGGACAAUACUUUACAUAUAUCUUUUGUAUUUGGGCUUCUUUUAUGUGUAAAGCUUUAGCCCAUUUGUUUUGGUGGCCCAUUUAUCUCCUUUAUGUGGCUAGUAACUAAAAGGAAGAUAAGAAAAAAAAAAAGAAGAGGUGAAGGAGGCAGUAGCUAUACGCAGGAAAGAGGGAGAAAAACAGAUUUCUCGCCACACAGUCCAGCAGCCACUUUUCACCUCCGGAUCGAAGGCCAAACGAAGUCUGAUCGUGCUCAAAUUUUAGUAUGUUGUUCCUCACACACUCCUCUUCAUAUCCAACGGUCAGUUUCUCGUUUUGAUGCCCGAAAGGCUGUUUUCUGGCUGCGUUUUCAGACCUGCGUUUUUUGGGAGUUUUUACUCCAUUUUUGGUGAAUUAUUGAUUGUUGUUGUGCCAAGGUUGUUCCUUGAUGAUUGUGUGUGCCUCUAGUGUUUACUAGAGAGGAGAACUUAUUGUACCCACUUGUUUCUUGGUGAUUAGUGGAAGUUUGGGAGCCGUUGUUGAGCGGCCGUGGUUUUCUCCCCGAUUUGGGGUUUCCACGUAAAUCGUGUGUCAUC